AAUCUUCCCUACUUCUCUCUCUCUCUCAUAGAGGAAGCUCUCAGAGUAACAAUGAAGAGUUGUGAGCAUGAAAAUGUUUCCCUGAAAACAACAAGCAGAGGAAAGUCCCGCGUGGUUAGUUCACGUUUCCUCUCUCCGACAUCAUCUUCUUCUCCUAUCCGCAGAAACUCCACUUCCAAUUCAUCUGCCAACAACGUCCAUCUCGGUUUGAGAAAGCAUGAUCGGAUGUCAGAUGGGAUCCCAAAUCAAAGUAAUGGUCUUGAAGUUGACACAAAAGAAAAUCGUAGGCGGAUCGAUGAUGAGGAUAAUGUCAUACUUCCUGGCAGAUUUUCCGUUGACGAAUGUGCAUUGCACAGAUCAUCAUCAUCAAGGAGAAACUCUCGCUCCUCUCUACUCUAUUAUAAUGAUGAAUCUGAUUCAGAGUUGAGUGAUGUGUCCUUUGCUUCAACAACUCUUAGCACAAGUCGUUCAUUAUCCAGGAGCCAUAAACCUGGUAUCAAAGUCUCUUCUAAAUAUCUGCAUGAUGCAAGCAAAGGGUGCACCACCAACAACACGAGGUUACAACAAGGUUCCCAGAGCUUUCGGGGGGGCAUCGAGAGUAGGACUAAUUCAGCGGCUAGGUAUGGCAGUUCAAUGUCUCAGUGGGCGCUGUCACCAGGAAGAUCAUUGGAAGCUCAUCAGGCCUCGAGCAUAUAUCCAAGUUCAAACCUCAAGCCUCCAAGAGGCAAAGGCGUUGGUAAACUAUUCAACCUUGGUUUGGAUUUCUUCAGGAGGAGCAAGAACAAGUCCUCUCCCAUCUCUUCCCCAUUAAAACCAAAGACAGAGGCUUCUCAUCAGCUGAAGCUUAUGAACAAUCGGUUGGUUCAGUGGAGGUUUGUCAAUGCUAGGGCAUCGGCUGCAAACAAUAAUGUAGCCUCCCGAGCAAAGAAACAGUUACUAUCUGCAUGUGAUGCUCUUACCAAAUUACAAAAUUUGGUUCUACAAGAGAGAAUUAAUCUGCAAAAGAAACAGUUGGAAAUGAAGCUGGCUCAUCUCCUUGUUUCUCAAGAUAAGCAUCUUGAGGCAUGGGAGGACAUGGGAAGACAACACUUUUCAUCUAUUUCCAUGACCACACAAGCCCUGCAUUCUCUUCUUUCCAGGGUUCCCCUAAGGGAAGGUGCAAAGGUGAAGAUAGAAUCUGCUGUCACUAUAUUUCAGAAAGGAGAAGCAGUCUCUGAUGGUAUCAUUUCUACUGUGAAUAGUUUUGCUCCCACGAUAGAGGAUAUCGUUCCACUUGCCUCUCAACUUGCUGAAGUGGUGGCACAAGAGAAGCUAAUGCUGGAGCAGUGCCAUGAUCUUCUGAGAAUGAUAUCUGAGUUAGAGAUGCAGGAGAGGAGCUUAAAGUGCUGCCUUAUGAUUCAACACAAAAAAGACUUUGUAUAACAAACUUGUUCAAGACUAGGCUUUGGUUUCAUUCUACUGAGUCAAAAGCUUUUUUUUUUUUUUUUUUUUUUUUUUUUUUGAACACCAAAUAGAUUAAACUCCAACCAAAUCAGUUGGGUGAAACAGAGUACAAAGCAGACUUGGCCAAAGAGUCAGCCUUAGAGUUUACAGAUCUCGAAAUGAAACUAAAGGAAAUUUGCGAAAAGCUAGAGGAUAACGUCUCGAUGUCCCGAAUGAUUCCGAAGAUACCAGCCGAGUAGCACGUCGAGGAGAGGGCACUGAUAAGUGCCUGACAAUCUGACUUGAUGCAGAGUGAGGAGAUUCCAACGUCGAUCGCGUGGAGAAGAGCUGACCGGACGGCUAAGGCUUCAGCCAUCAAGGGAGCCGAGACGUGUUCAAAAACACGGGUUCCCUGCAAAAUCACAUCAUUUUCACAGUUCACAAUAUACCAACCGCAGCCCGCCUUGAUAAUCGUCGCGUUCCAAGCUGCAUCGGUGAAGCAUUGGAGUUCAAAGGUAUUCGCAGGGGAAGGAGGUAGUCGAUCGCUCUGUACUAGAGGUGGAGAAG